AUGGGGUGGACAAUGAGGCUGGUGACAGCAGCCCUGUUGCUGGGUCUUGUGACCAUGAUGACAGGAAAUGAGGACGAAAAUGACCCAUGUAUCUACGAGACCCUGUCGGACGAAGAUGCUGUCCUGUGCAAGGGCCUUGAAGUUUACUACCCAGAGGUAGGGAACAUUGCUUGUGCGUUUAUUCCUGACUGCAACAACUUCAGACAGAAGAUCACCCACUGGCAUGAGCCGAUAGUCAAGUUCCCAGGGGCCUUGGAUGGCGCAACCUAUAUCCUGGUGAUGGUGGAUCCGGAUGCCCCUAGCAGGUCAGAACCCACAAAGAAAUUCUGGAGACAUUGGCUGGUGUCGGAUAUCAAGGGCUUGGACAUGAAGAAAGGGAAGAUUCAGGGCCAGGAGCUAUCGUACUACCAGCCGCCCUCCCCACCACCAAAAACUGGUUUCCAUCGCUACCAGUUCUUUGUCUACCUUCAGGAAGGAAGGGUCAUCUCGCUCCUUCACAAAGAAAACAAAACCCGAGGCUACUGGAAAAUGGACAAAUUUCUGAACCGCUUCCAUCUGAAGGAACCCGAAGCAAGCACCCAGUUCAUGACCCAGAACCAGCAGGACUCACCAAGACUCCAGAAUACUGGAGGAGGAGACAGUGAGUCCAAGAACAAACCCAAAUAG